GGGCCGAUCACUAAUCUUGUGAGAUGUCGGAUGGAUCACUAAUCUUGCGACACGUUCGGUGGGAGGUUAUGGCAUGGCUGCAGAAUCGCCCUCGAUGAUAUAUCUGUCAAGCGCCGUCUUACCUAGGCCUCAUUCUAACCAUCUUCCAGUUAAAAUCCACCACCAGGCAUAACCAUUCAACCCUCUUACCACCCUCAACUCAAACCAACCCAAAAUGCCCCUCUGGCAAAUCUACCACCCCACCGGGACCUUCCCCGACACGCCCUCCAAAGACUCCUUCUCCGCCGACAUCACCAAGCUAUACGUGGACAUCGGCCUCCCCGCCUUCUACGUGAUCGUCAACUUCAUCGAAACCGAUCCCCAGAACCUCUACAUCGGCGGCAAGACCAGAUCCCUCCCCACCGACAAACCCUUCGUCCGGAUCAUCAUCACCCAUAUCGCGCGACACGUGCCCGACAUUGAAGCCGCGUACCUUCGUACCACCUCUCGUCUGGACAAGGCCAUGAACCCGCAUAUUCUAGACAAGGGGUAUGAUGUUGAGUAUCAUGUGGAUGAGACGGAUCGACGACUGUGGAAGAUUAAUGGGUUGAUUCCGCCGCCGUCGAAUAGUGAGGAGGAGAGGGUUUGGGGGAGGGAGAAUCGGGCGGUGGUCUAUGAGGGGGGGUAUCCGUCGGUUGAGGCGGCACUUUAGAAUGUGGGGAUGAAUCUAUUGACUGGGUCAUGUAGGGUGGUACUGAUCACGGUAAUCCCUGGAUGUCUAGAUUAUGUAGAUGCAUCAUGAUCUGUUAGCG